AUGGGGAGUGAAGAACAAACUGAUGAGAUGGAUUUAUGUGGGACUCUUUCUAAAGGGGCUAAGAUUUUGGAGCCCUCUGAGCUGCUAGCAGUGGCUGAGGAUGGAGCUGUGUGCCCUGAGAAGGAAGUUAGUGUUGCUCUGGAUGGUAGCUCCCUGCCUGGAGCUCCCAGUGGUGUGCCGUCUUCCCUGGUACAAAGGGUCAGCAGAAGUGUAUCACCGAAGAAAGAAUCCACAAUGGAAAAAACAACUCACAGUUGCUUCUUACUGAUUAUGCUUCUAAUCAGAAUGGCUCCAAGUCUUACUUCUACUGUCAAUUAUACUGAUCCUACAUUAGAGCCUGUAGUAACUGAAAAUUCACCAGUACGGCAGAAAAUAAUAGAUUCACAGUUCAAAUGCUAUGAGAGAAUGAACAGAGAUCCGCCAUAUAGAAAAAAAGGUCUGUUCUGCAACCGAACUUGGGAUGGAUGGUUGUGCUGGGAUGACACACCUGCUGGAAGAGUCACGGCUCAGAAUUGUCCAGAUUAUUUUCCAGACUUUGAUCCAACUGAAAGGGCUUCAAAGUACUGUGAUGAAACAGGAAAUUGGUUCCGACAUCCAGAGAGCAAUCGGACUUGGUCCAACUAUACACUGUGUAAUUCCUUCACCUCUGAGAAAUUGAAGAUGGCAUUCAUACUUUAUUAUAUGGCUAUAGUAGGCCAUGCUUUGUCUAUAACUUCGCUAUUGAUUUCCCUGGGGAUUUUCUUCUAUUUCAAGAGCCUCAGCUGUCAAAGGAUAACACUGCAUAAGAAUUUGUUUGUCUCCUACGUUCUUAACUCUGUGUUUACCAUCGCCCACCUCAUCGCAGUAGUGCCUAAUCCAGGCCUUGUAAAAAGGGAUCCCGUAAGCUGCAAGGUGCUGCAGUUUUUUCACCAGUACAUGCUCGGUUGUAACUACUUCUGGAUGCUCUGCGAAGGCAUAUAUCUUCACACUCUAAUUGUGGUGGCAGUAUUUGCUGAAGAGCAGCGUUUGCACUGGUAUUACCUCUUGGGCUGGGGGUUUCCUUUAGUGCCAGCAUCUAUUCAUGCUGUUGCAAGAGCCAAAUACUUCAAUGACAACUGCUGGAUGAGCGUUGACACUCACUUGCUCUAUAUUGUUCAUGGACCCGUAAUGGCGGCUUUAUUGGUAAAUUUUUUCUUUUUGCUUAACAUCGUCCGAGUUCUGGUGACAAAGCUAAGAGAUACUCAUCGGGCUGAGUCCAACAUGUACAUGAAAGCUGUCAGAGCCACACUAAUCCUGGUGCCCUUACUAGGAAUUCAGUUUGUCAUUAUUCCCUGGAGACCAGAAAACAGACUUGCUGGAGAAAUAUACGAUUACAUCAUGCAUAUACUAAUGCAUUACCAGGGCUUACUUGUUGCAACUAUAUUUUGCUUCUUCAAUGGAGAGGUACAGGGUGCUCUAAAAAGGCAAUGGAUGCAGUAUAAGACCCAAUGGGGGCAAAGACGACGCGAGCACUGCUCUACGCGAUCUACCUCCUACACAGCAACAUCUAUCACCGAGGUCCCCGUUUAUCUGUAUCAUCACGAUUCCACCAAUGAACAGUUAAAUGGAAAAUACAUAGAUGACUCUGAACUCGUUGCAUUAAAAUCUGGAGAGACGUCUGCCUAGCUCAGAAGAAAACAAGACAAACAGGUCAUUUUGCAUUCUGUUCAUGGCAGGGUGGGGUGAAGGGAAGGAAUGCAGACUUGAGUGCCACUGUGAGAGAGUGCUAAACAGAACACAUCAUAUGCAAACUACAGAAGCAUCAGCUUUGGCCAGUGAUGGCCCAGCGAGAGUCUGCCUGAGAGAGGUGGAUAUAGUAUUUGAUACUACUACAGCAUGCUGCUUUUAGAAACGGGACUGAGGAUGGAACUAUUCAAUGAAACAUUUGGAUUUUCCACAGUUCCUGCUAUUGGCCAUAUGGCACACAGAUUCAAUAGUCGUAACAAUUCAAGGUAACC